AUGUCCGACCCAGUGGGAAAUGUGCGCCACUGUUUUACACCUCUUGCAGCAUAUAUUGUCGAUACCCCGGAGACAUGUAUGCUUGCAUGUGUGCGUGGGAAAACUUCGCCGUUUACCUUGGCAUCGUACCUGGACUUUGGGGAUGACUUUUGCCACCCCGAGCGCACACGCUCUAUCACCCUGGAACAGCUCAAUAGCAUAACAGACUGGCCGCUCGCUGAUCCAUCAGUCUUUUUAACUCCUGAACCUUUGCAUCACUGGCACAAGGAGUUUUACGAUCACGACCUCCAGUGGUGCCUUAUAGUUGUUGGAGCGCAGGAAUUGGACUUUCGCAUAUCAAUAUUGCAGCCUACUGUAGGCUAUCACCACUUUCAUGGUGGAAUUUCGAAAUUGAAGCAAGUCAUGGGCAGGGUGCACCGAGAUAUUCAGUGUUACAUUAUCGGCCUGAUCGCUGGUGCAGCCCCUCCGCAUAUUGACAGAUCACUCUCGAUCUUCCAUGAAAAUAAAGACAUUAUCUUCUCCCUAGGUGCUCGGAUGGGCACAAAGAAGCCUAUCGACAACUGGUUCAUACCCAAGCUCGAACUUAUGCAGAGCAUUACUGCCAGCUCACGCAAAGUUGGUGCCCUCAUCCAAUGGUCCGCAGACACCACCAAGCAUGCCCACAUAUCUGAAAUAAAGGACCCUGCAUGGCACACCAAUAACAACGAUUAUGAUCCUCAAAUCUGUCAUCAUUUAGAUCACCAGGAGAAGCUGCAACAUUUUGCAAUUGCUACGGCACUGAAGAGUUCUGGCACUCAUUCCAACUCGGAAGAAUUCCUUGAGGAUAAGGUGGACGAAGAAGAUGAUGAAGAUUGUGAUGAACUGACAGACCCGUGA